AUGUUCUCGACUACAGUCCGGAGGGCAGCCUCAUCUGCCCCUCAAACAACGAUUGUAUCCUCCCUGUCAGGCGCGACUCCCCGAGCAAUUGCAAGCCAAGCGCUGUCAUACCGCUGCCACCAGAGACGAUUCUCCUCGUCGAAACCUUCCAGUCCUGCUGAUGGCUCGAAAGGGGUAACUGAGGGGCAGACUGUGCCUGCAGCACCUGCAAAGGCGAGAGCAGUUAAAAAGACAAAGACAUCAAAACCAGCGUUAGAAGGAGAGCAGAAAUCGCAGCCCAGUACGAAGAAGGCGAAGGAUGUUGCAAGCUCUACAGUGAAAGGCAGAGAUGAGUCGAUGCUCCAUCUGCCUAGUGUGCCCAGUACACAGCACAUAAAUCCGAUGCAAAUCAGCGCCUCUGCCUUCUUCUCUCUCUACCGACCGAUUUCCACCACCAACAGCUUCCCCAAAACAGUCACCGACGAUGCCUUUGCUGCAAUAUUCACACCACGAACGAAAGCCAACGCGAAAUCCUCAGAAGUCAUUACCACCUUAUCGAACACGCUGAAGAACAUCGAUGCUGUGACAGGGAAGCUGGAUAACAUCAAGCUUGGUCCUCGACAAGAGCAAUGGAACGAGGAGAUGGAUAAUGUUCGAGCUGCCAUAACUGCUGAGUCAUACCGAAAAGCAGAAGUAGAACAUCUCGAUAAUGCUCCAGAAAAUGCUGGCAUGUAUGUUCUGUCGAAUCGGUACCAGCCGUUCAGCCCACCUCCGGCCCCCGUGCCGAUGGAUACAGCAGAGUCGCUUGCAGCAGGAGCAGAAGCUGCUGAGUCUUUGGAACCACAGCACAGGACCUAUACCGCCGUCCUGACGAUCGAGGAGUCAACAGACGAGAACGGUGAGGUCACAUACAUGGCCCACAGCUCUCCCUUAGUCGCCGAAGACCCAGCCCCAACACCCACCAGAUUCCUCGAGCGCAUGCAGAACCGCAACCAGCGGUACAGGAUAAACCAUCCCGAGGAGACCGACAUGCUAGCCAUCAGCGUGAAGCGACAACGGAAGUUGAAGAUGAAGAAGCAUAAGUACAAGAAGCUUAUGAGGCGCACGCGGAAUCUGAGACGGAAGUUGGAUCGCAAUUAG